CCCGCCUCUCCCCUCCACCACCUCCGUUUUACGGUGAGCCCAUAUCUCCGGCGGUCAGUCGGGACGCUGGCGCACGGGAAAGAGGACCUCGUUUCCGUCCUUGUGGCCAGGCAGAGGGGGAGGAGGGCUCCCUGAAGUCGGCUCUCUCCGGUCGGCGCGCUCGGCUGGCUCCUGUGGCUGAGGGGCGAGGCGGUAACUUCUUGUUUUCCAGCUCCGCCGCCGCUGCUGCUGCUGAUGCUGAUGCUGCUGUCAGGGAGACGGAACCGUCAAUGGGACCGCAGCCCCUCAAGCGCGCUCACUUGCCGUGCCGCGGGAGCGAGCAGCCCUCAUUUGAGAAUGGGGGCUCCACUCACCGUCAGGAUGCGCGCUCUCGGCGGUCCUUAGCGCACACACACAGGAAAUACGUGGUUCCUCAAGGAUGCACUGUGGCUUUACGAGACCACCUGAUGACGUUCAUAUCAGGACUGCCAUGUUGCCAGUCGUGGUGGUCCAUGGGGGGGCAGGUCAGAUACCCAAAGAGCGUUCGGACCUGUCCACCUCAGGAGUGUGCUCUGCAGCGAGGUCAGCGUAUGCAGUCCUGCAGGGAGGGGGCAGCAGUAUGGAUGCUGUGGUGGAGGCUGUUAUGCUACUGGAGAACAAUCCAUCUUUUAAUGCAGGAUGUGGCUCAGUGCUGAACAUGAAGGGGGAGGUGGAGAUGGAUGCCCUCGUGAUGGACGGGAAAACGCUGAGCAGCGGCGCCGUGUCUGCCGUCCGCAACAUAGCUAACCCAAUCCAGCUGGCCAGACUUGUCAUGGACCAGACCAGCCAUGCCUGUCUGACGGCGGAGGGUGCCAGUCAGUUUGCUCGCUCUUUGGGCGUUCCCGAGGCUCCUCAGGAGUCCCUCAUCACAGAGUAUUCCCGCAUGCGCUGGAAAAAAAACCUGGCCCCAGACGCCAACCCUGUGGAGUGCCAAAUGGGGAAGAUGGGGACGGUUGGAGCGGUGGCAGUCGACACUGACGGCAACGUAGCGUGUGCGACUUCCACCGGAGGAAUGCUGAACAAGAUGGAAGGUCGAGUGGGCGACACCCCGUGCAUCGGCAGUGGAGGCUAUGCUGACAAUAUGUCAGGAGCCGUGUCGACUACGGGCCACGGAGAGGCCAUCAUGAAGGUCACGCUGGCGAGACACAUCCUGUUCCACAUGGAGCAAGGCCAGUCAGCUGAGGCGGCCAGUGAUCUGGGCCUGGCCCACAUGAAGUCCAGAGUCGGGGGACUUGGAGGGGUCGUGACCGUGGACCCGCAGGGCAACUGGGCCGCUCGCUUCUCCAGCCGCCAAAUGGCGUGGGCCGCGGCGCAGAAAGACACGCUGCACUACGGUCUGUACACGGGAGAACACUUCACUCAAAUCAUCGAGGACGCUCACUGACACCAGGCCCAGCUUGUGUCAGUAGAGCUGAAAACUAAGAUAAUACAGCUGAGCGUGGGCUUCAGGUGACCAAAUAAUGAUUGAUUUGGUUAAAUGUUGAUGUUUAAAAGAUGUUUAGAAGACAAAAAGAGCAACAAAAUUAAUUAUUUUAGUCCCAAAAACCAAUCAAGUGUGAGACAAUCCAAAGAAAAGUGGGAAAUUUCCAGAAACGCUAAUGACGCUCUGUGAUUCUUUGUAAUAGUCAUUUGAAAAGUCAUUUCAGAGUUUCUGUCGCUGGAGAAACUAGAGCAAAAUGAUCAAAUUCACUUUAGAUACAUAACUCGCUGCUCAGUUUUUAAGUUUCUGAGGAAAACCUUCAGGUUUUACAAUCAUUUGUUAAUUUUUAUUACAAACUACUGGCCAGUUUUAUGACCACUGAACACUUUAUAAUGAUCUGCACAAAGUGUUUUUCUGUCACUGUUCACAUCACUACUGAUGAAGUGCUGCUCAUCAUUUGCUGAAUGUUGAAGAAAAACCAAACCGUAAAGGUAUUUUACUGCAAAGUUUACUGCAAAGUGAGGGAUAUUUUUAUCUUAAUUUAGAUGAUUAAAGUUUACCACAACUGAGUUUCUCAGAAGUAUUAAAAAGAGGCAAUAAAACCAUUUUUGUCAGAUUGUUGGUGGUACAUCUCACCAACAGACUAGAUUUUCUUCUUGGGCUUUUAAUUUACUGUAAAACACAAUAAUCCAAAUUAUUACACAAACACCUGGAAUAUAUUGCACUGUCUGUAAUUAAUUGUUCUUAUUUGUAAGUUUCACUUUUUGAACUUAAUCACUAAAAUAAAUUAGUUUUCUGUAAUAUUCUGAUUUAUUGAGAAGCUCUUAUAAGCCAGUAUGUGUUAACUCAAUCUGUGAUGAACGCCAUUCAUGUAUUAUUCUGAUGAGUAGUGUUAACCUGUCUCAUCCACUAGGUGGUGCUGUUUCCUCAGGCAGACAAAAUGCAAAACUUGAGAUUUCCUUUAUUUUUAAUUGGACUACUUCUAGGCUUGUGUUGUGUAAUUGAUUGUAAAAAAAAAAAAAUGUUUUAUAGAGUACUUUAUAAUAUUUACUUUAAUUGUGCAAUACCAGCCAUAAUGUAUUUUGUAUCAUUUUUAAUAAUUGUUAUAAUCUGUUUGAUUUGAUCAUGAAUGUGUCUCACAUAUAUCAAUUUAUUCCUGUGUGCAAUUGUGUUGUACAAUAAAAACAAUGGAGCUCAUGACUCAAAUCACA